AUGGCGGACUUGACCCGCGAGGAACUUCGUGCGGUGAUGGUCCAGCUGGGAGAACAACCACCUCGAGGAUGGACCAAAGUGGAGCUGGCGUUCAGGAUCUCCGAGCUCACGGGCGAGGACAUGAGUGUCAAGCUCAAGGGCAAGAACAAAGACAAGUCGCCUUUGCAGGAGUUGACUCAACGCCUGAAUGCGGCGGCUCGCGAGCGCAAGAGUGCGCUGAUCAGCUUCUGCGAAAAGGAGUUGAGGAUGAGCAAUCUGGACAGCUGGACCGUCAGCCGUAUCCAGAUGGCCGGAAUGCAACGAGUGAUGGAGUUGACCGAGGGCGACUUCCGCGACACGGUGUCCUUCGGCAAGCACGGGCUGCUGACCUACCAGGAGCUGUACGAUCAGGACCAGAGCUACUGUCGAUGGGUGGUGCAAACGGCCCGCGACAGGCCGACAGAGAGCGAUCCCAGGCUUCGUCGAUUGGCCCGUUGGAUCGAGCGUCAGGACGAUGCCGAGCUGCAACCAGACUCUCCGACAAAGCCGGGACAGACGAUUUUGGCCCUGCUCCACAAGAGUGGAUCGGCCCAGAGUGCGCCAACGACUCUGGCCACUUCCAAUCGCGACGAGCGCAUCGACACCCUGACGGCGAUGACCAAGGAGUUGCAAGCGGAAGUGGAGGCACUCAAAGCCGAGCGGUGCCAGGAACCUGUAUGCAAGAAGGGCAAGGACCAGGACACCGAGAUCGAAGGAAAUGCACCUACAACGGAGGCAACCACGACGUCCCAGCCGUCUUCCAUGGCGACCACUCGGGGACCGAAGCAGCCCUCGACGAUGAUGGCGACCUCGGGACGCUCGAGCCAAGAGCUUAGAGUCCAGAGCUUGGAGGGUGGUUCCAGGUUGAACGAAGACUACAAGCACGAAACCUGCGACCAGCUCCUCAACAUGUUCAAGACUAGAGAUGUGCAUGGUACUGAAGCUAUGAGUAGCCAGAAGUUUGAGCGCAGUCAUUACGUUGUCCUGGGAGCGUAUUCGCACGGAAAUCAUUAUGGCAUUACCAGCAAAACUGAGAAGUUUCCGGAAGCCACUCGUUAUCUGCUAGGCUACAUGAAGCACUGGAAUGGUGAGAGCCCGGUAGCUACGACCUUGGUGAUCAACCUCAACCGUAGAUGUCAACUCCACCGUGAUCUUCAUAAUGACAAAGCCUUCCCGAAUUGCCUCAUAGGAGUGAGCAAGUUCGAGGGCGGUAGGCUCUGGGUAGAGAACCUAGAACCUACUGCGAAUGGAAGCACCCAGAAUCAGAGCCGCAAGGUCCUACCAACUGGCGAGGAGAAGCAAGGGACGUUCCACGAGGUCUGCCGCGAGGUUGGGUUUUCGCUUGCCCCGCUCGCGGGCCACUUGUGA